AUGGUGCCGGGCCGCUGGCUGCUCGGCUGCCGGACCCUAGCUGCGCUGAGAGCGUCCUGCGCCCGUUGCGGCCUGGGUCCAGCCCUGCUGGGAAUCUUUCUCCAUCACAUGGAUUUAAGGAAGAGCUUGACCGUGGAGCAGGGCACGAUGAAGGUUGAGUUACUGCCUGCUCUGACCGACAAUUACAUGUACCUGAUCAUCGAUGAUGACAGCAAGGAGGCUGCCAUUGUGGACCCGGUACAGCCCCAGAAGGUUGUGGAAAUGGUGAGGAAGCACGGUGUGAAGCUGACUACAGUGCUCACCACCCACCACCACUGGGACCACGCUGGUGGGAACGAGAAGCUGGUCAAGUUGGAACCUGGGUUGAAGGUGUAUGGGGGUGAUGACCGGAUUGGAGCCCUGACUCACAAGGUCACACACCUGUCCACACUGCAGGUGGGGUCUCUCAACGUCAAGUGCCUGUCGACGCCAUGUCACACUUCCGGACACAUCUGCUACUUUGUGAGCAAACCCAACAGUCCCGAGCCCCCUGUGGUGUUCACAGGCGACACAUUGUUUGUGGCUGGCUGCGGGAAGUUCUAUGAGGGGACAGCAGAUGAGAUGUACAAAGCCCUGCUCGAGGUCCUGGGCCGGCUCCCUCCAGACACGAGAGUGUACUGUGGCCACGAAUACACCAUCAACAACCUCAAGUUUGCUCGCCAUGUGGAGCCCAGCAAUGCCGCCAUCCAGGAGAAACUGGCCUGGGCCAAGGAGAAGUACAGCAUCGGGGAGCCCACGGUGCCAUCCACCAUUGCAGAGGAGUUCACCUACAACCCAUUCAUGAGAGUGAGGGAGAAGACUGUGCAGCAGCAUGCGGGUGAGACGGACCCUGUGACCACCAUGAGGGCCGUCCGCAAAGAGAAGGACCAGUUCAAGGUGCCGCGGGACUGAGGUGGC